AUGUCACUCAAAAAUCCCAUUCGCCGAGUAGCUGUCAUUGGCGCUGGGCCAUCUGGCCUGGCUUCAGUCAAAUAUCUGCUCGCGGAGAAACAUUUUGAUCAAAUCGAAGUCUUUGAGCAAAGGAGCUCAGUAGGUGGAGCGUGGAAUUACAAUGCAAGCUCAUAUAAAUCUGGGCUGUCAACCACUGUUCCUCAUCUAACUCCCAACGAGCCACUCGAGAAGCCGAUAUGGAUCGAUGGGACUCAGGGCAAGCGAGAGGCAAUAUUCGUAUCUCCGCUCUAUGACCUACUGGAAACCAAUAUUCCUAAGGAAUUGAUGUGUUACUCGGACCAGGACUGGCCAUCGGAAGCCCAGCUAUUCCCCAAGCACCGGACCGUGAAGCAGUACCUCGAGGAUUAUGCCAAGGACAUCAAAUCACUUAUUCAAUUUGAGACCCAAGUUGUGGAUGUGAAGCUUAAGAAUGCAGGUCUUAGCACAUGGGACUUAACAGCAAAGAACCUUCUCACCGGUGCUGAAACCACCCAAACUUUUGAUGCUGUUGUGGUUGCAAGUGGCCAUUUCACCGUCCCAUAUCUACCGGGUGCCCCAGGUAUGGAGGCUUGGAAUGUAUCUUACCCCGGUGUCAUCUCCCAUUCCAAAUUCUACGACUCGCCAGAAAAUUUCCGAGAUAAAAAGGUGGUAGUGGUUGGCAGCUCUGCCUCAGGUCUUGACAUCGGUGCCCAGAUCAAUGAAGUGAGCAAAGGCCAAGUGGUGGUCUCCCAGAAAUCCGAAUCAUAUUUGGCUGCAUCUUCGGCUGGCAAUCAAAUCAUUUGCCCGGAAAUUGUCGCGUUCCUUCCGCCGACAAAACACAACCGAGGCAUCAAGUUUGCGGAUGGCCGUAUUGAAGAAGAAAUCGACGCAGUUGUUUUCUGUACUGGCUAUUUCUAUUCAUUCCCUUUCUUGUCUUCGCUCAACCCACCAGUUAUCACCCAUGGAUGGCGAACGACGAACAUUUAUCAACAAUUAUUCUAUCUAGAGCACCCGACGCUCGCAUUCCCUGUUCUUCCGCAAAGGGUCAUUCCGUUCCCCAUGGCAGAGGCCCAAGCUGCUAUCUUCUCUCGUGUAUGGUCUGCACGGCUUACACUUCCACCCAAAGAUGCCAUGCGUGAGUGGGAGGAAUCUGAAAUAAAUACUAAGGGAGAUGGGAAGUCAUUUCAUAUCCUUCACUUCCCCGCGGAUGCAGACUAUCUGAACUUCCUCCACGACUGGGCCAAAAAGGCGACUCCACGCCCAGGGUUAUCAAAUGAUGGACGAGGCAAAAUUGGCCCCCGAUGGGGCGAGAAGGAGAGGUGGAUGCGGGCUCUUUUCCCCGAUAUCAGACGGGCUUUCGUGAAGAAAGGAGAGGCCAGAGGCCAGAUCCGGAGUCUGGCAGAACUCGGAUUCGACUUUGAAGAGUGGAAACGGGAACAAGGUCCCCACUUAUGA